AUGGGUAAAGAGUUCAAAUGCAGUGAAGCCAAUGUUAGAAGAAUCGUCAAAAAUGAUUUAAAUUGUUAUCCUUACAACCUGCAAAAAGAUCACCUGUUGACAGAAAAAAUAAAAGCCUCUCGUUUGCGACAAUGCAAAAAAUUGUUACGUUUGGCAGCCGCUGGACGAAAUCGCAAUGUUUUGUUCUCUGAUGAGAAAGUUUUUACUAUAGAGCGAGUUCAUAAUCAUCAAAAUGAUCGGCAACUCUUGCCUAAAGGAAAGACUCCAUUGGUAUUUGUCGAAAAAGGAGUGAAAAUCGACAAAAAAUAUUAUCAAGAUAACAUCUUGAAGGCCGUCGUGGAUCUUUGGACACGUGCACACUUCGGUGAAAACCCAUGGACCUUUCAACAAUACUGGCCACCAGCGCAUGGCGCGAAAGCGACGAUGCAGCUCUGCGAAAGGUUGUUUCCUGCUACUUGGGGAAAAGAUGCAUAUCCAUCAAAUUCACCGGAUUUGAAUCCACUGGAUUAUUCAGUGUAG